AUGGCUCUUCAAGGCAACGUCGGAAUUUUAACGCGCUUACAGGAUGCAACGCUUGCUGUGGAGCAGCUAACAAAGGCGAAUCCGCAGGUGGUGAAUGUAACGCUUUUGUUCGUUGCCGUGGGCUCGAACGUGGCGCAGACGGUGGCCAGUAGCUCCACCACCAAGGAGAACGCGUUUGACGCUGUUGUAUCAUUCAAUGAUCAGAUGGAGAUGCUGGAAAGUGAACUCGGCUCACUGCUGCCACUGCUAAAAGCUGGUGGCACAUUGCAUCUCUACGUGGCCAACGUGAAGGAGGAGAAGAAAAGUGACAUUCUGAUGGCGUUGAUGAUCGGUGGCUUUGUGGACACGGCAGAAAAGAACGAGAGCAGUCCAUUUUAUCCAGAGUUAUCUAUUUGUAUCUGCUUCACGGCCAAGAAGCAGGGGUUUGAGAGUGCUGCUAUUCCACUUGCAAAGAAGACGGUGCCUGCUCAGCUAAUCAAAAAGUGGACGGUGCUGGCAGACGACUUUGGUGGCGAUGACGAUCAAGAUGAUGACAUCAUUGACGAAGACACUUUGCUGGAUAACACGGAUGAAGUGUUGCAGGUAGCCAAAGCGGACUGUGGUGAAGUUGGUGGAAAGAAACGCGCGUGCAAGAAUUGCACUUGCGGACUUAAGGAUCAGGAAGAUAAGCCAGUCAUGUCGGAGAAGGAUUUGAACAAGCUGGUGUCAGGAUGUGGAAACUGCUUCAAGGGAGAUGCCUUCCGGUGCGGUAGCUGCCCAUUCCUAGGCAAGCCUGCCUUCAAGCCUGGCAUGGAAAAGGUUUUACUGAAUCUCGACAAUGCAGACGAUAUCUAA